AUUAGGACUGACAUGGGGUGGGGCAUACUCCUGCAGUUCCUCGUGUGUUCUGUAUAUUAGAGGUGUACAAUGGAAUACAGGCUUUAUUGCAGCACCUCCAGGGAUUUACACAUAAGGCAUUAGGCUUUCGCAAGAUGGAUCUGACGUCAUCAAAGGGAUAGAUUAUUGUGAAAUUGGGGCAACAAUAAGAGAUAAUGACAGGUUUCUGGCGCGGCCCGUCAUCUCUUCCUUCUAGAAUACAGAUAUAAAAACCAUCCACAGAUUACGGAUUUAUUCCAUCCAGACUGCAGACAUGAGAUUGGCGGGACUGACACUAUCGAUCCUCCUGGGGGUGCUACUGCUCCAAGUGGUGACUGCAGUGAAAAAGAAGGGUACAUGUUCCGCACCCCCGCCGAACAUCGAAUUCUGUAAAAAUAUCAAAUACUGGUGUAAGGAUGACUCUGACUGUAAAGGGACGAUGAAGUGCUGCCCCUCCCUCUGCAACUAUAUGUGUAAAGAGCCUGUAUUGGAGGUGAAACCGGGCACCUGUCCCGUGGCUAUGACCUUUGCACCAUGUAAGCUCCCCAUCCCCAGGACUUGUCGCGCAGACUCGGAUUGUUUCGGGACAAAGAAGUGCUGUAACUUUGGCUGUUCUAUUAGUUGCCAGGAACCCACCGAGACAAAGCCAGGAACGUGUCCCAGAUUUCCAGUAGGCAUCGUCCCCUGCUCUCUGCAGAAUAUACCCAAGGAGCCUCGUCAAUGCUACACUGAUAAGCAUUGUACAGGCAAAAAGAAGUGCUGCUCCUCCGGCUGCCGGUAUAUAUGCGCAUACCCUAUAGGUAAGAGGUCCAGGACUGAUACGACGUCCACUUUCCAGAGUCCAAAAGUCAUCCCUCCUGCUUCCAAAGACACCCUUUUAAUCAUAUAAUACAACUUUUUUAAC